AUGAUCAGACUGGAACAGAACAAGGAAGACAGAUUGAAACUGUUGAGUCUUUUGGAGCAAAAGCAUGUCGUUCUGGGUAAACAGAAAGAACAUAUCUCAUGUUACACUGAGACGUUAGAGAGGGAAAGAGAAGGGUUGAAGAUCAUGAUGUCAGAAAUUGUCGCUCACAGAAAGGAAAUGGGAAAUCAACUGAAACAAGAGGCCUUGUUCGAAAGGAGACAUCUUCUGGAACUGAAGGCAGAGUUGAAGAAAGAAAGAGAGGGCCUGGACAGAGAGAGUGAGAUGAUGAACAAAGAGAAGCUGGAUUUGGAGCUGAUGAGGUCAGACAUCCUGAAACAAAGUGACACUUUGGAACAACAAAGACAAGAUAUAAAGGAAGAAAGAGAGAAGUUAGAAAUCACAAUGUCCGAUCUUCAAGUGUUGAAAGAACAUGCAGAAAUUCAGUUUGAGGUGAUCAACAAAGAGAAAGCCAACAUUAAAGAUCUGACCCUUCAUCUUCAGACAGAAAAAGACAAACUUGACAAUAUCAUGACGAUGAUUGUUUUAAAACAAGAAGAACAAAAACUCAAGGAGGACCAGCUCAGUAGACAAACACAACAACUGGAAAUCAAAAAGACCAGUCUACUGGAAGAAAGAGAAGAACUGGAUCUUUCAAGGAAGGAUCUCAACAAAAAGAAGGAAGAGGUUGAAACAGCCAUGAACACCAUCAAUGACGAGAGAGAGAUAAUCAAUCAGAUGCAGAGUACUACUGACAUGGAAAGAGCAAUGCUCAAGAAUGAAAAGGACGGACUGGAAAGAAGAAUAUCGGAAAUGAAAACACGAGAGGAUCAACUAUUGAAUAAGAUGAGAUCAAUGGGAAUUCUGUGGGAAAAACUUCAACAGCUGAAUGAACGGCUGAGAGAAGAAAUGAAAAACAAAAUGAUCAGACUGGAACAGAACAAGGAAGACAGAUUGAAACUGUUGAGUCUUUUGGAGCAAAAGCAUGAUGUUCUGGGUAAACAGAAAGAACAUAUCUCAUGUUACACUGAGACGUUAGAGGGGGAAAGAGAAGGGUUGAAGAUCAUGAUGUCAGAAAUUGUCACUCACAGAAAGGAAAUGGGAAAUCAACUGAAACAAGAGGCCUUGUUCGAAAGGAGACAUCUUCUGGAACUGAAGGCAGAGUUGAAGAAAGAAAGAGAGGGCCUGGACAGAGAGAGUGAGAUGAUGAACAAAGAGAAGCUGGAUUUGGAGCUGAUGAGGUCAGACAUCCUGAAACAAAGUGACACUUUGGAACAACAAAGACAAGAUAUAAAGGAAGAAAGAGAGAAGUUAGAAAUCACAAUGUCCGAUCUUCAAGUGUUGAAAGAACAUGCAGAAAUUCAGUUUGAGGUGAUCAACAAAGAGAAAGCCAACAUUAAAGAUCUGACCCUUCAUCUUCAGACAGAAAAAGACAAACUUGACAAUAUCAUGACGAUGAUUGUUUUAAAACAAGAAGAACAAAAACUCAAGGAGGACCAGCUCAGUAGACAAACACAACAACUGGAAAUCAAAAAGACCAGUCUACUGGAAGAAAGAGAAGAACUGGAUCUUUCAAGGAAGGAUCUCAACAAAAAGAAGGAAGAGGUUGAAACAGCCAUGAACACCAUCAAUGACGAGAGAGAGAUAAUCAAUCAGAUGCAGAGUACUACUGACAUGGAAAGAGCAAUGCUCAAGAAUGAAAAGGACGGACUGGAAAGAAGAAUAUCGGAAAUGAAAACACGAGAGGAUCAACUAUUGAAUAAGAUGAGAUCAAUGGGAAUUCUGUGGGAAAAACUUCAACAGCUGAAUGAACGGCUGAGAGAAGAAAUGAAAAACAAAAUGAUCAGACUGGAACAGAACAAGGAAGACAGAUUGAAACUGUUGAGUCUUUUGGAGCAAAAGCAUGAUGUUCUGGGUAAACAGAAAGAACAUAUCUCAUGUUACACUGAGACGUUAGAGGGGGAAAGAGAAGGGUUGAAGAUCAUGAUGUCAGAAAUUGUCACUCACAGAAAGGAAAUGGGAAAUCAACUGAAACAAGAGGCCUUGUUCGAAAGGAGACAUCUUCUGGAACUGAAGGCAGAGUUGAAGAAAGAAAGAGAGGGCCUGGACAGAGAGAGUGAGAUGAUGAACAAAGAGAAGCUGGAUUUGGAGCUGAUGAGGUCAGACAUCCUGAAACAAAGUGACACUUUGGAACAACAAAGACAAGAUAUAAAGGAAGAAAGAGAGAAGUUAGAAAUCACAAUGUCCGAUCUUCAAGUGUUGAAAGAACAUGCAGAAAUUCAGUUUGAGGUGAUCAACAAAGAGAAAGCCAACAUUAAAGAUCUGACCCUUCAUCUUCAGACAGAAAAAGACAAACUUGACAAUAUCAUGACGAUGAUUGUUUUAAAACAAGAAGAACAAAAACUCAAGGAGGACCAGCUCAGUAGACAAACACAACAACUGGAAAUCAAAAAGACCAGUCUACUGGAAGAAAGAGAAGAACUGGAUCUUUCAAGGAAGGAUCUCAACAAAAAGAAGGAAGAGGUUGAAACAGCCAUGAACACCAUCAAUGACGAGAGAGAGAAAAUCAAUCAGAUGCAGAGUACUACUGACAUGGAAAGAGCAAUGCUCAAGAAUGAAAAGGACGGACUGGAAAGAAGAAUAUCGGAAAUGAAAACACGAGAGGAUCAACUAUUGAAUAAGAUGAGAUCAAUGGGAAUUCUGUGGGAAAAACUUCAACAGCUGAAUGAACGGCUGAGAGAAGAAAUGAAAAACAAAAUGAUCAGACUGGAACAGAACAAGGAAGACAGAUUGAAACUGUUGAGUCUUUUGGAGCAAAAGCAUGAUGUUCUGGGUAAACAGAAAGAACAUAUCUCAUGUUACACUGAGACGUUAGAGGGGGAAAGAGAAGGGUUGAAGAUCAUGAUGUCAGAAAUUGUCACUCACAGAAAGGAAAUGGGAAAUCAACUGAAACAAGAGGCCUUGUUCGAAAGGAGACAUCUUCUGGAACUGAAGGCAGAGUUGAAGAAAGAAAGAGAGGGCCUGGACAGAGAGAGUGAGAUGAUGAACAAAGAGAAGAAGUGA